AUGGAUUGCGAGCAGUUGUAUGCAGAAAAUGAAGUCGUAAUUCAAGCCAAUUGGAAAAAGUAUCAGUCAUUAUCCGAGGAAAAGUCAAAACAGCUCCUUGCGCACAUCGAAAAGGGCGUUCAAGAUGACGACGACGACGAAGAACAGAUGGAUCAAAAACAAAGAGAAUUUCUCAAAGAUCAAGAACAUCUUGUGGAUUUGAUGGAACAAGCAGGAAAGCCGCCAAUUUCUGAAAAAGAACAAAAACCUUCCCGAUAUUUCUUGCCAAAGAAGAUUCCAACGGAUGAUUUGUUGAAAAAUCUUGAAAUUCUCAACGAAAAACAGCGACAGAUUGUUAUGCAUAUUUACAAAUGCUUCAAAACACAAUCGGAUAUAUAUUUGGCUGGUUCUGCUGGCGUGGGAAAGAGUAAGGUGAUAGAAACUAUUUAUCAGAUCAUCACACAUUAUUUGGACAAUUUACCAGGCGGUAAUCCAGAAACAAUAAAGGUUUUAUUGACAGCGUUUGCUGGUAAAGCAGCGAUUUUAAUCAACGGAACCACGAUUCAUACAGCAUUUGCAUUGCCAGUCAAGAGACGCAAAGAUGCCAAAUCUGGAAUUCCACAGCUAUCCGACGACGUUGCAAAUACUAUUCGAGCAAAUUUGAUUGAUUUGGGACUGGGAAUCACUGAUGAAAUUUCAAUGGUUGAUAACAUAAUGUUUAGCGAAAUGCACACGAGAUUGGUUCAAAUCACAGGUCAAAAUGAACCAUUUGGAAGAAUUUCAAUCAUUGUUGUUGGUGACUUGCUGCAACUGCCACCAGUCAGAGGUCAGAUGGUAUUCAUGCCACCCAAAGAUUCAGACACAGCCAUUUUUAGCAACCUCUGGGGCAAUUUUAAAUACUUCGAGCUUACCGAGAUAAUGCGACAAAAAGACGAGCAGCUAUUCAUCACAGCGCUUAACAACUUAGCUGUAGGUAAAAUGUCUAGCGAAGACAUCAAACUAUUCGAAUCUCGCGUUGUGAGCGAGGACAGAGUCCCAACUGCAGCCAUUCGAUUGUUUCAUGCCAAUAAGGAUGUCGAUAGCUAUAAUAACGAAAGAAUCUCGAAUCAUCCAGGAAAUGAAUAUCUUGUAGAGGCUGUCGACAGUGUUGACAAAAACAUUCCAGAGCGCAAGAAGGCAUAUGCAUUGAAUUCAUUACGCAAACGAACGAUACACGAUCAAGGCAAUUUGCCAAACGAUUUGAGGCUUAAAGUUGGAAUAAAAUACAUGAUUUCCGUGAAUAUCAACAUAAAAGAUGGACUCGUAAAUGGAGCUUGCGGCACUUUGAGAUAUAUUCAGCACGAAAACGGUCAACCAAAAAUGUUAUUCAUCGAGUUUCCAGCGAAUGUUGGUGCGGCAGCCAAGUCUGAAGUAAAUCACACCAUGAUAAAUGUUGAUGGAUUUUGCAAUGAUUGGGUUCCCAUUCAAAAGGUCACCAAUGAAAUUUACUCGGAUCCGAAUAAUAUUAGGCUGUUCCGACAACAAUUUCCACUAGUUCCGGCAAUUUCCACUAGUUUUUACCAAUUGAAUUUGAAAGUUG